AUGGCCCCUUCUACCGCCGCCCCGCCUGCCCUCCAAGAGGCCACCCGCAGGUCGACUGUCACCUGGCAGGAUGAUCUCAAGGCGCUUUUCGACCAUGCCAAAGACCGCUUCCCUGACGUCGUCUGGGAGCUCUUUGAUGAGCAGGAUAUGAAUUCGAGAGGCGUAGAGGAAAUAUGGGGCCACAAGGCCAUCGUAUAUGCUCGCGCACCACCCAGCUUUCAAGCCCGCUAUUUCUCCUUCAAACCGCCUCCACCCGUCUCUCCCCUUCCUUAUUCCACCUCACCCACCGGUACAUUGCCAGUACAGUCCGCUCUCUCUCUCCCUCUCCCCCUCAACGUAGACUAUCCUUCUGUCUCCCGUUCACCUUCUCCCUACCAAGCGCCGUCACCCUCCCCGUCCGCCAACACGGGUGCUGUCCUUCACAUCCCCAUCCCCAUCAACCCAACUCUGUUCUCCGGAGAGCUGGAGUACCUUUACACUGGCAAAGGUUUCGGCGAAGCGUUCGAGUUCCUCUUUGAUUCCUCAGACAGCCGAGAAGACGGCGACGGAGAGGAGGCUCGCAUCGACAAACUUCGUAAGGAUCUCGUCUUCAUGUGGCGCUCUCGUCUCUACUCCGACGUACGUAUCGCUCUGACGGGCAGUUUUUCCUCGACGAAUCACGAGAAUUCCAGCGCCAUCUUCUCGUCACAUCGGUUCAUCCUCGUCUCUCGUACGCCGUACUUCCAGACGCAGCUGCUGUCCUGGGGCGUAAAUCAGAAACCUGGAGAGCCUCUUACACUCACACUACCUUCUCCUCCGUUCACCCCACCGUCUCUACACUUCACUCUCGGCUUCCUCUACACCGGGACUCUUGCUUUCUCGAACCGAACGUUUGAUCUAGACACGGCAUUUCACAUCAUGCGUUCUGCAGCAUACCUAUCCCUUGACACUCUGUAUGACGAGGUUCAGGCACGCAUCGUCCAGGAGAUGAUGCACGGCCUCUUCCAUGCAUUCCUCGAAUUCUCUGAAUAUGAAGCUAUCACAGGCGGCAGGUGGGGCACCGGAGGGUGUCGAUGUCGCCAAUGUGCACGACGAGCGCCUCGCGUAUUAGAAUUCUCACUGCAAGACGAUGUUAAGAACACUCAUUUGGAGCGCGGCGCACGACGCGCCCUCGUAGGACUUUUUGGCGAAGGUUGGUGCACCCAGGAGUUCGCGCAUCUACCACAGAAGACGCGAGAUGGAUUGCUGAAAGGUCUGGCGAAGCGGUCAACGCCUAUGAACGUCUUCCCGUUGUUGUAUGCCGCACACGCCGCGCUGAAUAAACUGAACACAGUGAUCGACUCUUGGGGGGACAUUGUCAAGGACAUGGUCCACACGGCACGCAAGACCAUAGACGAUGUACUUUGCUCUCAAGCAGAGGCUUGCUUCGAGCAGCCGGAGUGGUUAGUUAUCAUGGAGUCGGAUGGCGCGCGCUUUGAGGAUGCGCAGCGGGUAGAUUGGAUCAUGGACGCGGUCCGCCAGGGUAUGAACGAGAAGAACGCUGCUAUGCUCUACCAGAUUCUCGUUUCGUCCGUCCUGCUGCGUCCCCAUCCGACUGAGGUUGAGGAAGCCAUGCUGUCUCCUACCUCUCACGUUCGCGUUUCCGUCGAACAAACCCGCGUGGAUGUCUGUCGAUGGUUACGCAGACGAUGGCUUAACGUGAAACAAGAGGGCGGCUUCGACGGUCUUGAACCGUGGGCAGCGCAGGAAAUCUGUCACGAAAUCGAAAUAACAAUGGAUGAUAUGUACGGUGCCGUCGCUCCCACUACAACGCAGCGAGCAGGAGCGAGAGCUAGCACCAGAAACAGUGCAGUCAAGGGCGACGACGAGUCCGUCAGCAUGUACUCGCUACGCACGGGCGGUCCAAAUCGCAGCACCAAACAAAGUGGCGAUCCUACAAGAGGGUCGAGCGGGUCUGUGAGGUCAAUAGCGAGAAGCACGCACUCUACAUUAUCCAAGGCUGGCCCUGCGUCGUUGCCACGGCGGUCCACACUGCAGUCAAGCCAUCGACCCGAUUCAAAGCUCACGCCAGAUCGGUCUAACGGUCUCACCACUCGAUCUAUCCGAUCCAUUCAUACCGCUGGUGAUGACAUGAAGACAUACGAUGCCCGCUCAUCAGUUAGCGUCUCUGGGUCAUCUACGCGACGCAAUGCGUCCAGCGCGACCUCUCCGCACGAGAGGGCAUCCAAAGCACGGUCCAGUACCACCUCCAUUAACUCGCAGACAACGACAUCAACAGUCCGGAAGACGACUCCUGGAUCUUCGUCAUUGCGGCCAUCGUCUGCCUUGUCUCGGCCUGCGUCCACUACGUCCAUUACGUCUGCUAAUAUCAGCGAGGCUUCCACAGCAUUUGAGACGGCGAAAUCAGACUUGCGUGCUGGCUCUCUUGGACGCAGCCGCCGUGGCUCAACGACAUCAUCUCUGUCGACGACGAGUGCCAGGACAACUGGCACCUCAACCCCCAGGGUGGCGAGAUCUCGACCACCAUCAACCGCCACCAGAACGAGCACCGGUGCACCGUCUGUGAAGGUCAAUCGGCCGCCGCCAUCGCCUGUGGAUCAUAUGAGAUCCAGCCCAGCCACGCGGAGAACGUUGUCUUCGACGCCAUCAGUCAGGUCUGCCGUAUCGACGGCAUCUGUGACGACAACACGUCGACCCGCGAGGGGCUCUUCAAAAGAGUCGCAACAAGCUGCAAAUGGAAAGACUGAGAGGACGCCAAAAACAGCAGCGGAUGAUGCUACGGGCGAUGUUAAGGGCAAAAACAGAGCAUCUGCGGUACGCGUUCAUGAGAAAGAAGGGAGUGCAGCAAGUACAUCUACCAUCAGAGAGUCGCUGAAGAGGAAAACGUCUUCCGAUACUAUCAAGGAAGUUACAGACACUCUGAAAGCCAAUGAUAUACCCCGAGGUGCAACCCUUGAUAUUGGCAUUCCCUGCAUAAUAUCGUCGAAAAAGGCUCGAUUCCGCGCUUACGCACGAUACAUCGGUGAAGUUGAGGGUGAAAGGGGCCCGUGGGUCGGUGUCGAGGUGCCUGUGGACGACAGCUGGCCUGAGGACAAGUUGGAUGGCCGUCAAUGGCAUGAUGGCACGUGGGGAGGCAUUCGCUAUUUCGAUAUUGGCAGUCCAUCGGAGUGGGACUACGGUGACGACCGUAUGGCCAGGCGCCGACGAUUCGACUGGGUCAACAACCUCGGGCGGGAUGCGAAGGGCACGCUGAAGAGGGAGGGGGAUCAGCUUAGCAUCGAUCGGGCAAAGAGGUUCCGGAGCGUAUCUCCUUCAGUAUCCGACGCCUCAAACUCUGAGUCAAGAGGGCUGUUCGUUAGGCCGCAGCAAGUAUUAUAUGUAGUGGAUGCUGUGGGAUCUGAUUUAUGA